AUGGUAGAUGGGUUGGUUGGGAAUGGCCUCACCAGUUCGGCUCAAAAGUCCUUGGUUGGCAAUACAUGUGUCCACACCGGCAGACACAUUCAAGAAAGACAACAACACACACGGGAAAUGCACAGCCAACGCAGAGGCGCAGACUACUUCAUUGGUGUGUAUCGAGUCAGCGCUGCAAUCUGCGAGUUAUGCCUGAUCAUGAGUUGCUGCGGCCAUGUAGCGAGGCGCACGGGGAGGGCGGCGUCAACGUCAACGCCUGGGAUCCAGCCCACCAGCCAGGCAAACACAAUCCACAUGGCGGGGAUGCUUCUCACUUCCUCAUCGACUCGACCUGGUAGCCCACUAGCCCUCUUCACGGGAUGUUUCUGCCAGUCGGAGGGCCUGGGCUGUUGCACCAGCUAUCUUGGUCCUGGACUCCUGCACGUGUCUACCCUUGCCACGGGGCUCGGUGUUGCCAGGGCAUCCGUUGCAAACCUUUCUCAAUCUCAAAUAUCUCGAGCUAGGCUAUCAGAGGGACAAUACAACUAUCCAACAGGAACAGAGCGCCAUCUAGUGGUUCCUAUACCGUCUGGUAGUCGACCAGCCUGUGAUGGACGAAUCGAAUCUCGUUGA